UUCCUGUCAAAAUUUCAAAGUGAAAUUAUGCUUGUAUAAAAGAACUAUUUCUUUGUCACUGACAUGGUUUGAUCGACUUCUGUCAAUAAAGCAUUGCCAUUUUGAAACCAUAUAGCAGGAACCCGUUAUCUUUCUGCUCAAUAUACUAAGCGCUGGUAUCUCUCAUUCUUGGCUAGGAAAACAACAAGUGGGAUAUGGACGCGUAGAGUCGCCAAAUCAAAAAUCGCCAAAAACUGAAGCGGUUGUUUAUAUGGACUAGUUAAAUCGUACUGUAGUCUAAAAUAAUAGACGUGUUAUACGGAAUUCUUCCAAUCCCUAAUGGAUUUGCCAUCGCAAAAAUCAUACUAAAAUCUGUCAACAUACAAUUAUUUGGGCAAAGUCGUACUGCUGCCCAGUUAGCAGGUCAAUAAUUUUCUGAACAGUGUUGAAGUAAAAAUAGUGUUACAUAACAGAUGAGAGUCUACAUCCAUAUUCUUUAAAUAGUGUAAGAACUGUAUUGUGAAUCUAUAGUGAUAUAUUACUUGUAUUACAAGUAUGUCUGAAUCUUCUGGAGGUCUUAGUGACAAUGUAAGAGCAGUGGCAGUGAACCACCCUAAUUUUAUUCCUGAUCCUGGAGCACAGAGCAAGAUUUUCAAGGCUAGUGUGGACAAUGACUUGCGCUCAAAGCCUCCUUCAGGAGCUAUUAGCUCUCAUGUGGAUGGAAAUUCCAAGCCAAAACAUGUCCGCAGUGUUUCGCAUGACUAUAGUAACAACAGAGGUUCGGUAGGGUCGUUUGGCUCAUGUGACAGCAAGACUUAUGAUGAAGAAGUGGUGAUAUCGUACCAGGAUGAGGCUUUGGAUAUUGAAGACCAGGGUGCAGGCAACAAGGAUGAAGAUGUGGAGAAAACUGCCCCCAUCAGACUGGUGAUUGUGUCAAGCAAGGUUCGCAACACCUCUGCAAUCCGCAUGGCCCUCCAGCCGAAUGUUGUCUUCAUCCAGUAUAGAUACUACACCUCCACACUUGAUGCCAUACUUGAGCUGGUUUCUCGAAGUCUUGGUAGCAGAAAGUGUGAGAGCAUGGCCUUUAUCCUCAGCUGUUCUGGGCUAUCCAUGCAAGUGUGUGGCAAGGAUGACAAGCUCCAACUGCUCAACAAGGAAAGCAUAAUGGAGAAGAAGUCGCUGAGGGAGUUUUUCACUAGCCUCGUCCAGAAGCAUGUAGACAACGGGAACACUGGGGCGAGGCUGGAUUUCCUCGCGUGUAGUCUCUUCCUGCAAACAGAUGGGGGAUCGGUGGACCGGGAGAUAGAGGCUUGUGUUGGGGUUCCAGUGAAGUUGUAUAAAGAUCUUGGAGGUAGCGAAUCAGCAAAAAGUAACAACUCCGAUGAUGGUACAAAAUCUCCAAGUGUGGGUGAACAGUAUUUCCGGCUGGAAAAACUACGAGGCUGGAGCGGCCAGCAACAGCAGACACUAGCUGGAUUCGAGAAAAUCAAGAUUGUUGGCAAAGGUGCGUAUGGAGCUGCUGUGCUAUACAAGAAAAAGGAUGAUGACUCUCUGGUCAUACUGAAGGAAAUCAACCUGCACGAUCUCAAGGCUGCGGAGAGACAGAUGGCUCUCAAUGAGGUGAACAUCCUUGCUAUGUUGGAACACCCAAACAUCAUCAGCUACUUUGACUCGUUUGAGGAGGAUGGGGUGAUCAUGAUAGAAAUGGAAUAUGCAGAUGGAGGGACCUUAGCCCACCAUCUUUCUAGCCUAGAGAAGCCGUUUGAAGAAAGAGACGUGAUCACCAUGUUUCAGCAGAUUGUUUCCGCUAUACGAUAUAUACACGAGCAUAACAUCCUCCAUAGAGACCUGAAGACGGCCAACAUUUUCCUUACGAAGGAGGGUGUAGUGAAGGUUGGAGAUUUCGGCAUUUCCAAGAUGAUGUCAACUGCUAACAAGGGAGCUAACACUGUCCUUGGAACGCCCUACUACAUAAGUCCUGAGAUGUGUGAGGGUAAGCCGUACAAUGACAAGUCAGACAUCUGGGCCCUAGGAUGUAUUUUAUACGAGAUGGCGUGUCUCCAGAAAACAUUUGAGGGCACAAACUUACCAGCGCUUGUCAACAAAAUCAUGAAGGGCCAGUUUGCUCCAGUGAAGGGCAACUAUUCCCAGGAUUUCAAAGAUCUCGUCAUGCUGAUGUUGUCACAGGAUCCAGCCGUCCGACCGUCUGCUCAUGAUCUCCUAUACACCCAUAUACCAAAGCUCUUGAAGCAGUUUGAGGAAGAGACGACCACUGACCAGGAUGAAGAUUUGGACAGCCACAGAGACCCACAACAUGCCUCACCCAAGAAGAAAACCAGGUCAAUACUGUACUACUUUGACAGUGCUUCUGCUGAGUUGACACCUAUUGAGUUAAACCCAAAAGUCAAGAUAAGAACUACGGCAGUUGGAGCAGACCAUGUGAUUGUUGUGACCACAGAGAGUCAGGUGUAUACGUGGGGGGAUGGCUCAAAAGGUCAGCUAGGACACGGUGACCUCACCUCAUUGGCUAAACCUAAACUGGUGGAGGCACUGACAGGGAAAUCCAUUACAAGAGCAUGUUGUGGUGAGGGCUUUAGUGUGUUCACGAGUGACCGAGGGAUUGUGCUCACAUGUGGGGAUGGAAGCCAGGGAUGUCUCGGGCAUGCUGAUUGGUCAGCUGCAUAUAGGCCACGCCUCAUUGAGUCAUUGCUCAGUGUGGAUGUGAUCGCCGUGGCCUGUGGUCCCUCCCAUGUUGUGGUUGUGGGGAGUGAGGGGGAGAUCUUCUCCUGGGGCAAUGGGGCAGCUGGUAGGCUUGGACUGGGGACAGAGGAUAACCAUUGUCAGCCAAUGAAGGUUACAGUUACAGAGUCAGUGUUGAUUCGGGAGGUAUUUUGUGGGUAUGACGGCACAAUGUUGCUAACAGACGAAGGGUGUGCAUUUGCGUGUGGUAGUAAUCAGCACAAUAAACUGGCACUCAACAACAGACGAGGCUUCAUUGCGGCCAUGAGGAACAUUUUUACCAGGACUGAAGUUGACGGUCAGAAAGUGCCGACCAUGGUUCGAGCACUGAGACAUCGCAUGAUAGACAUUUCCAUGGGUCGGCAUCAUACAGCGGUCAUUGUGGAGUCAGGCACUGUGUGGUCGUUUGGCAGGAAUGUUGAAGGUCAACUCGGGGUAGGGGAAACUAAACCUGUCGACGCUCCGGUGGAGGUUAAGGCAAUGAUGGACAAAAAUAUUGUGAGGGUCCAGUGUGGUGAACAUUACACUGUUGCCAGCACCAAUGAGAAUGAGAUCUACUACUGGGGUCUCCGAUUUAAGGACCCUUCCACAGUUUCCCAGGCAACCGAUGACCUUGGCUCAAGGUCAAGUGUUGCUGAUGGUAAGAAGGAUGACAUGAGGGUGGAGUCAGUGACGCCCAGGAAUGCGGGCCAUUCUAGGCAGCUUAGCACAACUAGUGGCAUCAGUAUUCCUAGUGUUGACGGUGCGAGCCUUACUGAUCGAGAGAUGGAUGGAGAUGGUGGUGUGGAUAGACAGACCAGCCUGGAUACGGGUGACAACAGUGUGGCUGACAGUGGAAUAGUGGGAGAUAGUACUGGGAACACAGAAAAUGCAGCACGAACUGGCUUCAGACCCCUCAGCAAUGUGCCUCGACGGUCCACUAGUGCCAGUAGUCGAGAUGGUAAGGAGAAAGAGAAAGAUUCCGAAGGAGGUUCACCGGAUGCCUCUGAGAUCAUCUUCCCGCCAGACCACCUUAUGAAGAUUGUUCCAAGUGAGGAGAUGCUAACUUUAAGCUCGUUUAUUUGUCAUGGAGAGAACAUCUUCAUACAUGUGGAGACUACAGCCCCACCGCCUAGAAAACGUACUAGGAAGAAACGAGGCAUAAGGAAGCGAUACAGUGGUUCUACCCUGCCGGUGCCCAGCGCAGGUGCAGGAAUGUCUGCGUCCAGCCGAGAGGCAGGAGAUGAAUACUCAUCAGAGACCUCAGAGAUUGACACACAGGUACCUUCCUGGUUGAAAAAUGAGCUGGACCAGACCAAACUGAGUGUAUCGGAGAUGGUGAAAGCUGACCUCAAGACUGAAGAGUCAGAUGGCCAUCUAGCAGACGACACGAGUGGCCAAUCAGAAGAGGACAGGAAACCCAAGACGUUUGACACUUCCAUGUCCAGUAUACAGAUUAACAGGGACCUCACACCAUGUAAACUGCCACCUGAUAAGAAUCUAACUCCCAGGAACAGUGACCUUAGGCCUUCUAUAGUCAUUAAGACCUCACCCUGCGAGAGCAAGACGUGGGGUGUCGCCACAGAGAGUGAAGAAACCUCUACCCACUCUGACAGCAGCAACAAGGACCUUAAGCUCUCCAGUAGGGCAAAGACAGACAUGCUUGGAUACACAAGUGGGAAAGGGCCUAGGCAAGGUACAGUUGGAGCUGGACAGAGGGUGAAAAGUGCCUCCAACUCUUCACAGUGGGCGCAUAACAGGUUCAGGCAGAAUAGAGGCCAUGUCAGACAAGAUGUUGCAUUAAAAGAGCAGCUGGCAGCACGAGGGUUUGUCUCUGAUGUCACCGUGAAACGAAGGGAAGAGGCUCUCAUCGGCGAGUUACGAGCGACUCGUGAGGAGAAAGCCCAAGCUGAGUUGCGUCUCCAGGAACUUGAACGGGAUCAUAUUGCCCGUCAGGAGCAACUGAGGCGAGAGACUGAAUACAGAGCUAAAGAGCGAGAGAAAGGCCUACAGGAACAGAUUGAACUCCUAAAGACGGAGCUACAAUCCCAGACCUCACAGCUCAAGGAUAACCAAAGGGUCGUAAACUCAAUGCAGGAGCAGCUAAUCAAACUACAGAACAAGAAAAAGCUAAGUGCUGGAAGAGUUAGUGGGUCCUCAGAAAGCAGAAUUUGUGUGAUACAGUGAUAUUCCAGGUUGUGAACUAUGUUGCCCUCUCAUUGUAGUAAUGAUAAAUGUCGUGGAUUAUACUACUCUGUCAUUGUAGUCAGAAGAAAGGUUGUGAACUACAUUACUCUCUAAUUGUAGUCUGUAGAAAGGUCGUGUACUACAUUACUCUCUAAUUGUAGUCAGAAGAAAGGUCGUGUACUACAUUACUCUCUAAUUGUAGUCAGAAGAAAGGUCGUGAACUACAUUACUCUCUAAUUGUAGUCAGAAGAAAGGUUGUGAACUACAUUACUCUCUAAUUGUAGUCAGAAGAAAGGUUGUGAACUACAUUACUCUCUAAUUGUAGUCUGAAGAAAAGUUGUGAACUACAUUACUCACUAAUUGUAGUCAGAAGAAAGGUUGUGAACUACAUUACUCUCUAAUUGUAGUCAGAAGAAAGGUUGUGAACUACAUUACUCUCUAAUUGUAGUCAGAAGAAAGGUUGUGAACUACAUUACUCUCUAAUUGUAGUCAGAAGAAAGGUUGUGAACUACAUUACUCUCUAAUUGUAGUCAGAAGGAAGGUUGUGAACUACAUUAUUCUCUCAUUGUAGUCUGAAGAAAGGUUGUGGACUACACUACUCUCUCAUUGUAGUCAGUCUGAGAAGAAUAAAUUGUAGAAAACAAUGUUUUAAAUCAGGGUACAAAAACUACAAUAUUAUUUACUGCUGUAAAUGUGUUUAAUGUAGUUACUAGUACAUUACAUAUGAAUAUCAAUACGAUACUGCACAUUUAAUGAAUGCAUGUGUGUCUUCUUACCUGAAUGUACUGAAGUUGUGUGUGUGUGUGUAUUGCCCUAUAUGUAAAUGUACUCUUACAUUGAGAUCAGCCUACUGAGAACAUUUUCAAGCAUCAGAAGUUUGAUAAUGGUUAUCCAACUCAUAGUAACAUGACUCUGGUGGACGAGAAUGGCUGAGAAGAGCCACUACAACAAAUGUUCAUAGGUGCAGACUUAUACAUAACUGAGCUAAUUUCAUGUUAAGAUUUUGUUACCACUGUGAUGUGUUUUUUUAUUGAUGCUCCAUGCAUUGAGUGAUAUAUUAUUAUUUUUUGUUUUUACAGCUUAUUUUUCAGUUGUCAAUUGAAAGUGCACACUUUUGUCACAAGUUAUUUACAUUCCAUUUUGAUAUUAUAUAUAUUGUAUUAUUACAUAUAUUUACAGUGACACUAGUUAACAUUCCAUUUUGAUAUAUAACAGUUACAAUGUAUUGAUUAUACCAAGACUGUAUGUUUAUAUGUUUACUUGUACAAUUAUACUUGUAUAUCCAAUGUGCUGGCCACAUGAUCUUUACGUUUACUGUUGCUGAAUCUUAGCUUUAUACAGAUUUUACAUCUCUAUGUAUUCUGACUGUUUUGCUUACUUUUUGUUUAAUGUCAAGUGUAUCAAUGUAUUGAGCUAGUCUUAAUUUUCCCAUAACAACUGACUAUCUUUGUCUUGAACUGCUGGUUGGCUGAGGCUUUGACAUUCUUUUCAUGAACUCGGAGUGUUUAUUAACACGUAGCUAUAACCUCUGUCACUUGAAAAGAAUGAACUCCUGCUUUGAUAUCAUAUGACUUGUGAAAUAUAUUGUGACAUUGUUCCUAUUUAAAAUACGAAUAUUCUUCAGCUGUAUCAAAGGGGUCAUUUCUACCAACAAUCUAACAUAAAAAGCUAUGUUUUACUGCAGUCUAACAAUGUCAGAAAAUCUUUUAGGCUAAAUGUCACUAUAAAUGUACAGGUCAUAUGACACCAAAGCAGGAGUUCAUUCCCUUUAAGUGACUGUGGCUACAAAAUAUUUGGUUCCGAUUGCUCUGCCCCCCCCCCCCCCCAAUCUCCUUAAAAAUAGGGUUGUUAGGUCUGCAUUUUCUAUUUGAAGUAGAUUUGUGUUUUAAUUUUCACUCUUAAAACCGGCACCAUUUAGUAUUUGUUGACGUUAACUAGAGCUUUCUUUAAAGACAGAACAUUUACCGUCUGCCCGACGCAAGAAACUACUGAAAAUGUUUAAAACAAAAGGAGAAAAAAAUAAUGGUUGUCCGGUGGCAACUAAAAAAUUAGGUCGUGUUAAAAAUAGGGCCAAUUGUUGCUUUGAUGUUGAGCACUGUUAUUGAUUUUGUAUAAUUUACUUGUUAAUGUAUUUCAAAAAGAAAAUGUGUUAUUGAAUUUAUGCAAUAAAAUGCUGAAGU